CAGUAAUUUUUCUUUUACAAAAAACAAUACAGCAGUCAUAUAAAUGAUACGAAAAUAAAAAAAAAAUCAAUUGUGCAAGAAACAUUGAUGAAAGAGAAGGGGAAAACUAGAAAAUUUGAAAACGUGAUCGAGAAGGAAUAACCAUCAGCAGACAGCGUAUAUUUCAGAGUAGCACAGCAGCGAAGUUUAGCGAAUGUAGAUACUAAAUAUAUUUGUGGAAUUAAAACUGUCUACAUUACAUAAGUUUACGAAAAAAUAAAUUGUAGAAACACAUAUGUGGUGAGUUUGUUAUUCGAGUUCUUUAAAACUUUUUAUUAUACAGUGAUACCAGCUCUCUAGUUUAAUUCUUCAGGAUUUAUUAAAUUUAUUAGUGAAAAGAUGUGUCCUUUAUCAGCAGUGUCCCAAAUUUUUGUAUUGCUGUUUUUCUUGUUGGUUUGCUGUACAGCAUUGGCACAAACUUUAGUUUUGUACUUACAACCCAAAGAUGUUACCGUUAAAAUGUAUGAAAUCGCAAAUCUUAAUUACACGAUUGAAGGUGAACUUGACCCUGGCGACUCCUACUGUCUAGCAAUUCAAAACGAUGAUCCUGGCAUAGUUUCGGUUAAUAAAAAAAUUUACAUCACAACUAACAGCAGUUCAGGAAGUGUUGACGUUUUUGGAAAUUUUCUUGGAUCAACCAAUCUUUCUGUAGAAGUAAAGGCAAAAAAUUGUACCACUUCUAUCUCUCAAGAAAAAAACGUUAAAAUCAAAGUGAUAAGGAAAGACAGGGUUAUUGAUAAAGUCUUUAGUAUAUCGGUCGCAGUACUCGUUAGUAUUAUUUAUAUUAAUUUUGGGGCUGCUUUAAAAAUUGAAGAUAUCAAAUCACAGUUGAAAAGACCUGUAGGAUUGCUUGUUGGAUUUGCUGGCCAGUUUAUUUGUAUGCCCUUGCUAAGUUAUAUAAUUGGUUACGUUCUUUUUCCUGACAAUCCAGCACUGCAACUUGGUAUAUUUUAUACAGGCUGUGCCCCCAGUGGGGGCGCCUCUAAUAUAUGGACAGCCCUACUAGACGGUAAUAUAGAUCUGUCCAUAGCUCUGACAACUAUGGGCACGUUUAUCGCUUUUGCAACGAUACCAUUCUGGACAUUUACCUUGGGUGCCCUUAUUUUUGAUAAGAACAAUUUAGAAAUACCUUACAGAAAUAUUUCGACAUAUGCUAUUGGUCUUGUAAUUCCAUUAAUAAUUGGCUAUAUUAUACAAAGAUAUUCUACGAGGACUGCAAAUUUUUUGAGAAGGACUUUGAAAGGAUUUUCAGGGUUUUUGAUAGUAUUUAUUAUCGUUUUUGCUAUAAUUGCAAACUUAUAUUUAUUUAAAUUGUUUUCUUGGAGGAUAAUAGUAUCAGGAAUGGGAUUACCCUGGUUGGGUUAUUUGGCGGGUUGGCUAUUGUCUAAAGUUUUUAAUCUACCUGCAAAAGAUUGCCUUACCACUGCAAUUGAAGUUGGACUUCAAAACACUGGAAUUGCAAUAUUUUUGUUGAGGUUUUCUUUACCUCAACCAGAAGCCGAUAUAACUACAAUUGCUCCUGUUUCUGUGGCCAUUAUGACACCAAUUCCACUUUUUAUUCUUUUCCUGAUUAAGUUUGUUCAGAAAAGAAUAAAUCCGGUAAAUGACAAACUGAAAUAUGCUGUGCCACCUGCUGUUGGUAGUGAUACAGAAUGUGAUGAUAAUCUUAAUAUAAAAAAGAAUGGGGUUGCUGCAGUAGCGUAAACACUUAAAAAAAGACAAUUUGAAGCACAUGAGUGGUAUUUUUUUUACAUUGUUUUUAUACACAUUUUUUAUGAAAAAAAAAAUGGACAAGGAUACUUAAUAACGAAAUAGAUUUAUAAUUUUGGUAAUAAAAGUACUUACCCACUUAA